AUGACCGACGCAACAACCUCCAGCUCCCAGGCCACACCAGGCGACCCAAACAUCUCCUGGCCAAUCGAGCGUCUCGCAAACACCACCGAAUCAGAAUGGCACCCAUCCUUCCUAACCCAGCGCCGAUCCAGCAACGCCUCAAACGCAAGCUCUAGCGCAGCCUCCUCCUCGACAACACCACCCCUCGACCGAUCAAACUACCCAAACGGCUCGAAGUCACUAUCCGGCAUCUCGCUCCGCGCCUUCUUACUAGGAGUCACUCUCGGCGCGACGACCAUCCUCACACUCCUCCUUACUACAAUCUCGCCAACCCCCUUCUGGCGCGUACCCUUCUUCAUCGCCGCGCUGAGUCUGUUCCAUUUCCUCGAGUACUACGUCACUGCGCGGUACAAUACACGCUAUGCAUCUGUGGGCGCAUUCCUGCUUACCUCGAAUGGAUGGGCGUAUAACGUUGCGCACGGGUCUGCCGUUGUGGAGUGUAUCGUGGCGCACUUCUUUUGGCCGGGGCCGAGUCGGGUGGGACGAUUGGUUUCGUUCACAGAGCCGGUCUUUGGCACGUCGGUGUCUUUGUUACUGGUUCUUGGAUUUGUUUUGACGGUCGUGGGCCAGGUUGUGAGAACGUUGGCCAUGGCGCAGGCGGCGAAUAAUUUCAAUCAUCAUGUGCAGUCGGAGCAUCAGGAGGGUCAUGUUUUGGUGAAGACGGGCUUGUAUGCGUAUCUUCGGCAUCCGAGCUACUUUGGUUUCUUUUGGUGGGGGUUGGGGACGCAGUUGGUGCUGGGGAAUGUGGUGUGUUUUGUUGGGUAUACCCUCGUGUUGUGGAGGUUCUUUUCGACUCGGAUUAAGCGUGAAGAAUCAUUUUUGAUUCAAUUCUUCGGCGCUGAAUAUCUUCAGUACCGUCAGGAUACCCCUGUUGGCAUCCCAUUGAUCCGCUAA